AUGUGGCACCUGGCUCGACGCUGCAGUGCGACUCGAAAGUAUGGACGAGCGGUGGCCACUCAGAUGCCCGGCAAGCUCUUGCGCGGGCGACCUCCCGUGCUCCUGGGAAGGAGAGAGAGGCGAGGUCGCGAUGUACCCCAGGAGAGCCCAAAGAAGGCUUCCUUGCCGGACAGCAGUGGGGGCAUUGCCGACUUCAGGAAACUCUGUCAAGCAGCACUGCAAUCAAGCGAAACCAGAAACUCAAAUGCACUUGCGCUUCUUCGACAAGCCGGUAGAAAGGCAAGAACACCUGCAGAGGCUGCACUUGUACUAAACCAUAUUGUCGACAUGUCACGGGACGAGCACUUCAUCCGGUUCCUGGUCGACAAGCUCGUUUCCCAGCGCCUGGCAGGCCAAAACAAGCAUGUCUGUUUGGCAGCAAGUGCGCUCGCACGUGUCGAACUCUGGAUGCCAGCCUUUGGCACUUUGGUAGAUCAAGUUUUUGCUGGCACGCACGCAGAGAUAUCCUUGGAACACCUCAGCCCUAUUGAUGUUGCGCAGAUCUGCCGAUUCACUGCUGUUUUCCGCCGGCAUUUGGAGUGCAUGGGCUUACCAGCGAAGCGUGUCCUGGAGGCUGUCCAUCUUCGGCUGCAGCAUCUCGAGGAGUCUGGGAAGCGCUUGGAAGCUACAGGAUUCAUCUCCUUGUUGAGGUCAGUCACUCAGAUGUCGGAGGAUCCGGCGGAUGCGGGCUCGGGGGGCUCGGGAGGCUCGGGCGCGACGCGGUCUCUGGCAAUGUGGCUCCGAAGCAGACUAGUCAAGGAGCUGCCGCUGUGCUCCCCGCGGCAGCUGGCGAGCGCGCUCUUGGAUCUCGGAGCACUCAAGCAGCUGGAUGACAACACUCUUCUACAGCUGCAAAGAGAGGUGACCCGCAAUUGGAGGGCGAACACCAUGCGACCUCGUGAUCUGGCGUCCAUCAUCUCCGGAUACUCCAAGCUCGAGGGUGUGAGUGCUCGUCAAUCCGCGAUCGAGCCGCUCCUUCCCCAGAUGCUCUUCAUGAUGAACAGCUGCUCCCAGGCGAGCCUUUGCGAGCUCCUGCACGGACUAGCCGCUGCCAACAUCUACGACCGCAUGCUCCUCGACGAGUGGUCUUCAAACUUCCAUAUGAAGGCCGCAGCGGAACCGCGAACUCCGCGAAGAGCGAAAGUAGUGUUCGAGCAGUGUUCUGAUGCCAGGUGCUGGGCUCUCCUGGCGUUGACCUCGAAAAAAAUCCUUCGAAGUGCAGAUGCCAUUAAAUUCCUUGUGCUCAGGGCCCAGCUGUCGCUUGUCGUGGCGGACCUGGCCAAGCUGCGCUACGUGAAGAAGGAUGGCCGAAAUACCUUCUCAACCCUUCUGGGGCGUGUCAUGGAUGUUGCUCCUUCCCUUGGUGGGCUUUCCGUUUGUCACAUUGUGUGUGCUUUGGCACGGGUCUCUCCUGCCCGCACCAACGUCUCGGCGAUCUUGGUGGACAGUUCACCUGCAGGGAGCGCAGACUUCCGGUCCUCUCUUCUGAACAGGCUUGAGGCGCAGCUCCUCGUGAAGGUGGAAGAGCUUCUACCACAGGGGCUGAGCGCCAGCGCCGCCGCCUUCGUCAAGCUGCGGCACUUCAGCGAAGAUCUCCUGAGUGGUCUCACACAGGCAGCCGUGCCCCGUCUCGGGAGCUUUUCCGCAGAGGACUUCUCCAUGUUCUCGUCUGCCGUGGGCACCGCACAGCACGCUUUGGCACAAAGCUGGAGUGAGGACCACUUGGUCCAGCUCGGUGAACAUGCAGCCCAGUCGCUCCAGCAGGCAUCAACCCCUUGGACGCCCAGGCAAGUUUCACAGGUGUUGCAACCUUUUGCGGCCCAAAAGCGUCCUCCAGAAGGCUUGAUCCAGGCUGCUGUAGCUCAUCUGAGGAGAUCAUCUUCAAACUACUCGCCGAGAGAUCUCGCGAAGUUUUUGAACCGCCUUCAAGGAUGCGGAGUUCUGCACCACAACAUGGCCAUGGCGGCAGAGAUCUUGCAGUCCUCCGAAAGGCGAUUGAGACAUCGAGGCCCUGAGAUUGUGGCCGUUGCCAACUCCUUGGCCCAGCUUCGACAGGUGAUCCCGGUGUCGCAGUUGAGGUAUCGUUUUCGGAAAUUGAGCAUCAGCGUGCAGUUGGCGAUGGCCAGAAACUUGCUGUCACUGCGAGACCAGGCAGACGUGCUGCGAAUCUGGGCCUUGGUCGGACUCAGGGACUGGCGCCUGCUGGCCACACUGGCCACGAACGCAUCCCAGGAGUUGGAUGCUGCUUCAACCAAGUCCUUAGCCGGACCUGGCCAGCUGCCUUUCCCUGCCGAGGACCUGCCACAAGCCAUCUAUGCGUAUGCCAAGUUGGGAUCGCCUCACAAGGUGGCGCCGGAGUACCGAACGACCAUCCUAGAGUUCCUCGUCCGGGCCAUGAAGGCUCUCCUGCGGGUCGAUGCAGUGCCGCGUCUCGGGGAGAAGGCUCUGCGCCAGCUGCUGCUUGGCAUCGCCUUCUGGGGGCCCCAACCCUGCAAGGAGCGGCCAGCGGGCCAAGAGGAGGAGGCUGAGGCUGGACACCUCCGGCAGGUCCUCCUGCAGCAGAGCCUGGAGGUGUGGCUGCAGAUGGAGAGCUCUGCGACAGAGGAGAUUGCUCGUGCCGUUGUGGCCUCGGCAUCCCUGGAGUUUGGGGUGCAGGCCGGCGACCUCAGCGAUGCCGCCGCGAAGCGCUUCCAGGAGGUGCAGCGGCCAGCGAAACUGCCCUUGGAGAAGGUCUCCGGUCAGUCGGUUGACUACCUGCGGUCCUACGAGCGCAGCGUGUUCAAAGCACUGGAGAAGCUCUUGACGGAAAAGUUCCGAUUGAAGCCACCCGUGCCAAAGCUCGAGGCAAUGCACUCGGCAUCUUGCUGCAACGUGCGCUUGGCACUUCCCGCCUUGAAGGUCGCAGUGGAGGUAGGACUGAAAGGUGAUCUUUUCGAGGGGCCCCGGGAAGCCUGGGCGGAUGCUGGUUGGGGGCGGACGGCGGAGAGCGAACUGGAUCACGGACCAAUCCCUGGAGACUUCGUCGCCGCGGGCCUUGACGAGGUCCUGGAGGAUGCAGACCAAAGAUGGUUCAACCUAGGCGAGGGAGAAGAUAUCGAGGCCUCUGCUACGAGUGUGCCGUGGCAGCAGCUGCCCGCUCUUCGAAUAAGGCUCUUGCGUGCCUCGGGCUGGAAAGUAGUAGAGAUCCCAUACUAUGACUGGCGAAAGCUGGUGAAGUCUGAACAACAGCGAUUCCUGGGCCAACUGCUCAAAGACGCAGUUCCGGCAUUUGCCCAGGCAAAGAGCGAUCGAACAGACUUCCGUUUCUCUGCGAAAACUGUUGGGAUGUCGAAUCGCGUGGCAGGUUGGAAGCCGCCCGCUCAGACUUCACCAGCCAUCGAAGACAGAAAGGUUGCCGGACUAGCUGUGAAGAGAGACGCCAUCGCUUGCUGUUUGUUUGCCAGAGCGCGGAUGGCAGACAAGGAGCAGAAGGAAGUGGAAGAAAUGCAGGCUACCAUGGCCGAGAUCGCCAGUGAAAGCUGGAGUGAAAACAGCCGAUACAGGUGCUUCUUUGCGGCACAGCAGUACUACCUGUUGAACGCCAACGGCCCGGAAGAGGAGACCGGAAAGGGAGCACAAAAGCUACUCGACGUGCUGGCGCAGUGCCGCGAGGAGGUCUACAAGAAGAUCCCGAAGGACACGCCUGCAUCGCGGCCACCUGCCAUGGCCUCUCAAUGA